AAAAAGAACAAGAGCAACGGAACAAGUGUGAACAAAUUAUUAUUAAAAUUUUUGAUCUUUAGGUUAAAUGUGUUAUCCUGAUAAAUUUUCUUAUUGAAUCAAUUUUCAUUCUUAUUCACUGAAAUGCCUAGCAAGAAAAGAAAAUACAACGCUCGAUUUCCUGCUGGGAGGAUCAAGAAAAUAAUGCAGACAGACGAAGAAGUUGGAAAAGUAGCUCAAGCAGUACCUGUUAUAAUUUCUAGAACAUUGGAACUCUUUGUGGAGUCAUUGCUUACCAAAACGCUUGAAAUCACAAUGUCUAAAAGCGCCAAGACAUUGAGUCCAUCACAUAUGAAACAGUGUAUAUUGUCAGAAAGUCGGUUCGAUUUUCUGAAAGAUUUGGUCAAAAGUCUACCUGAUUCAGCUCCUUGUGAAGACGAAUCAAUUAGCGGACCAGCCAAGUCUGCUGGCCAACAGAGCCUUCUUCAUUCCCCGUCACCAAUUCCGACUGAAAAUGACAGGCAUUAUUUUGGUGCUCCCAACAGUGAAAGGACGGCAGCGGCUGCGGCAGCUGCGACGGCUGCUUCACGGACGCCUGUCAACGCCAACUUCUACACGGACCAGCUGCAGCUGCCCCUCCAUCCUCCCCCCACCAGUUACCUCGUCUCACAAUCGCCGCCUCGGUCGUCGCCGCCAACCCUAGUUGUAGAUGAGGACUACGACACGUAGAUUCUCAUCAUGCCGACCAACAGACUUUUAUUUUUUAGUAUUCAAUACUUUUCUGAUGUUGUUUAUCGCGACAUAGACCCCGACCAAGAGACUUUUAUUUUUUAGUUUUUAAUCCGAUUCUGAAUUUUUCUAUCUGAACGUUAUUGUUGUAAAACAUUGAUCAAACUGCAUUUGUAAUUCAAAUUUUGAACGUUGUUGAUUAUAAUUUCACCUACGGUAAGAGCGAUACUAUUGAAAAAUAUCACCAGUAAAAGUUUUUUAGCCUUGUAAUAACUUGAAUGAAUGUUAACUAUUCAAGCAUAUGUCCCUACGCUGGAUGAUUUUUCUAGUUUAUUGCUUAUCUUAAGGUGCGUACAGAUAGUGAAAGUGAAAGAUAUAAGUACAGCUGAUGCUAUUCUUAUAUCUAUAUUUGUACAGAAACAGUAAGAUACAGAUAUAAUAAGCAAAGCAUAAGCUGAUGAAAAGUGUAAUAUUAUCACAAUUUAGGGAAAAUCAGGCUCAAAACACCCUUCUGUUCAUCUACCUACCUUGGAAAACACCUGCUAUAAAUGAGCCAAGGUCAGACACUCAAGCUAUCAGAAUGGCUCAUCAAACGGCGGGCCCACUGUUAUGACACACUUUCCAAAUUGUACAGUCAACAUAAAUAUUUCACUAUGGAGAUAACAAACCAUGACUUCCCUUCAAAUCGAAAUUAUAUGCUGCAUCAUACAUUUUCAAUGGAAAGUUAUCUUAAAUGUCCCUUUCAACAAAUCGAGAUUUUUUAAAUACUGUUUGUAAGAGCAAAACUUUUUGGGAGCUCAAACAGUGAAUUUUUAUAGCGACUAUAAUUCAUGCAUCAUACCUUUCAUUCCAUCAUACCUUUUCAUUGGAAUAUUAUCUACAUUGUCCAAUUCAUCAUUGCCAAAAUUUUUAAAUAUUGUAUGUUUGAGUAAAAAAUACGGUAGCUCAAACUGUGAAUUUUUAUCGUGACUAUA